CUUUCUCUAUCCACCCGCACGGCAAGAAUCAUCCCACACUCUGAACAACAAAGCAUUCUUUUGGCCCCCAAAAAAGAUAGAAUUUUGGGUCCUCAAUUUCUCUCCACCCUCUUCCUUCUUCAUCCUAACUCAGCAUCAAGAUUUCUGCAUCGUUGGGUUGAUUGAUUCUAAUGCACUUACUGAAAGAAAUGGAUCUGAAGUUAUAAGUGAAACCCCAGUUCAACACAGAGAUGACAGGUCUAAUUCUCCAUCAAGCACCUGUAUUGGUGCUAUCAAAUGCAAGAAGAAAGCUGCCUUUGUUGGCAUCUGUUGAUUCUUCGCCUUGCUUUGCUGAUUUACCUACAAGAACCAUAUGUUCGUCUUCCUCACCCUCAUCAUUACAAUGCAGAGACAUAUUCAAACCAGAUUUGGCAGGCAACAGAGUUAGAGCAAAUGCAUCUAAUGUUGGUGUUGGCGCUGGAGGCUAUGCAGGGAGAGAUGAAAAUGACAACCAAAAUUUAUCUACUAAUGGUCCAACCAGUGAUAGUUCUUCUAAUAUUAAAAAGCUCCCUAAGGAAAUUCCUUAUCCGCUCUCAAUAGCCCUUGUGUUAUCUGGAUGUGCGUUAGUAUUUUCCAUAAUCGCCUUUGGGAAGGGUGCACCAUCGUCUCUCUUAGCAGCAAUCUCAAAGUCGGGAUUCACUGCUGCUUUUACGUUAAUUUUUGUUUCUGAAAUUGGAGACAAGACAUUUUUCAUUGCAGCGUUAUUGGCCAUGCAAUAUGAUAAAGUACUGGUUAUCUUGGGAUCAAUGGGUGCUUUAUCACUUAUGACCGUUUUGUCGGUCAUAAUUGGAAGGAUAUUUAAUUCAGUACCAGCUCAAUUUCAGACAACGUUGCCGAUUGGAGAAUACGCUGCAGUGACUCUUCUGAUGUUCUUCGGCCUCAAAGCUAUCAAGGAUGCAUGGGACCUUCCAUCAAGUAAUGUUAAAAAUGGUGAGAAAAGCAGCUCUGAACUUGAUGAAUUUGCAGAAGCUGAGGAGCUCGUAAAAGAAAAGGCAUCUAAACAGCUCAAGAAUCCAUUUGAAAUCAUUUGGAAGUCAUUUAGUCUUGUAUUUUUUGCGGAAUGGGGUGACCGUUCAAUGCUUGCAACCAUAGCUCUUGGGGCCGCGCAGUCUCCAUGGGGCGUGGCUAGUGGAGCCAUUGCUGGUCACCUGCUAGCAACCGCUAUCGCAGCAGUUGGAGGAGCAUUUCUUGCCAGUUAUAUUUCCGAGAAACUGGUUGGGUAUUUGGGAGGAGUAUUAUUUCUACUUUUUGCAGUCGCAACGUUUUUGGGGGUCUUUUAAAGAAGCUGAAACAACCCAAUGAGUAAAGCCAUGGUUAUGGGCAUAAAGGGAGAAAUGAUCAUCAGCUUGUUCUAAUGUGUUUCUUGGUGCAUUCCUGUAUUGUGAGUAAAACAGCAGGAUGUUACAUGAUGAUUAAUCUUUAUUUGUUGGAUAUGAGCAAUCAUAAUGCCGUUUCUAGAGAGAUCGACAAUCGUGCAAAAUAAUAGGAAUCGUUGGAAACAAAACGAAAGAUGCUGUUGUUCAUAUACUUUAAUAUUGUGUUUGCAUCUAUGGUAAUUGUUAGAAUUUUCUUAAUGAGAACAAGUGAUUUUGGUUG